AUGAAUUAUUCAUCAUUACUCAGAAUUUGGGUCUCUUUCAUCUUCGCACUUAUAAGGCAUCAAGUUCAGCCCAGGGAGCUCAUGUAUCCAUUUUGGCAGAAUGACACCAAAACCCCUAAAGUAGAUGAUGGAAGCUCAUCUGAGAUUAAGUUGGCCAUCCCCAUAUUCUUCUUUGGCGUUCCUUACCGCACUGUCUAUGUCAAUAACAAUGGAGUUGUCUCCUUUGAUGUGCUCGUGAGCCAGUUCACACCAGAGCCCUUCCCCUUGACGGAUGGGAGGGCCUUCAUCGCCCCAUUUUGGGCAGAUGUGCACAAUGGAAUUCGAGGCGAGAUCUAUUACAGAGAGACCAUGGACCCUGUCAUCUUGAAAAGAGCCACCAAGGACAUCAGGAAGUACUUCAAAGACAUGGCAACCUUCUCUGCCACUUGGGUUUUCAUUGUGACAUGGGAGGAAGUCACGUUUUAUGGAGGGAGCAGCACCACACCUGUGAACACCUUCCAGGCAGUCCUGGUGUCUGAUGGCUCCUAUACAUUCACACUCUUCAAUUAUUAUGAAAUCAACUGGACUACAGGGACGGCCAGCGGCGGAGAUCCCCUGACAGGUCUUGGGGGAGUGAUGGCGCAGGCAGGAUUUAAUGGUGGAAACCUCACCAAUUUCUUCAGCCUCCCAGGGUCAAGAACCCCUGAUAUUGUGAAUAUCCAGGAGACCACAAAUGUCAAUGUUCCAGGCCGCUGGGCAUUUAAAGUUGACGGGAAGGAAAUUGACCCAGCCAAUGGCUGUACCUCCAGAGGACAGUUCCUUCGGCGAGGGGAAGUGUUUUGGGAUGAUCUGAACUGCACCAUCAAGUGCCGCUGUCUGGAUUUCAAUAAUGAGAUCUACUGCCAGGAGGCCUCUUGUAGCCCCUACGAAAUGUGCGAACCCAAAGGCAAAUUCUUCUACUGCAGCCCCAUGGAGACCAGUACGUGCGUAGUGUUCGGGGAGCCUCACUAUCACACUUUCGAUGGCUUCCUCUUUCACUUCCAAGGGUCAUGUGCCUAUCUGUUGGCACGGCAGUGUUUGCAGACUUCCAGCCUCCCCUUCUUCAGUGUGGAGGCCAAGAAUGAGCACCGUGGGGGCUCAGCUGUCUCUUGGGUGAAGGAGCUCUCUGUGGAGGUGAAUGGCUACAAGAUUCUCAUCCCCAAAGGAAGCUAUGGAAAAGUCAAGGUUAAUGACCUAGUGACUUCUUUGCCCAUCACCUUAGACUUGGGGACAGUGAAAAUCUACCAGAGUGGCAUGUCUACUGCCGUGGAAACAGAUUUUGGGCUUUUAGUAACAUUUGAUGGCCAGCACUAUGCCUCCAUUUCCAUCCCAGGCUCUUAUAUAAACUCCACGUGUGGGCUCUGUGGGAACUACAAUAAAAACCCGCUGGAUGAUUUCCUCCGCCCGGACGGUCGACCAGCCAUGUCUGUCCUGGAUCUAGGAGAGAGCUGGCGAGUCUACCAUGCCGAGUGGAAGUGUGACUCAGGCUGUAUGGACAACUGCACCCAAUGCGAUGCUAUCACCGAGGCCCUCUACUUUGGCUCCGACUACUGUGGUUUCCUCAAUAAGACGGAUGGUCCCCUGUGGGAAUGUGGCACUGUCGUGGAUCCCACAGCCUUUGUGCACAGCUGCGUGUAUGACCUAUGCAGUGUGAGGGACAACGGGACACUCCUCUGUCAAGCCAUCCAGGCCUAUGCCCUUGUGUGCCAAGCCCUUGGUAUUCCAAUUGGAGACUGGCGAAUGCAGACUGGGUGUGUGUCCAUUGUGCAGUGUCCGAGCUUCAGCCACUAUUCCGUGUGCACCAGCAGCUGUCCUGACACGUGCUCAGACCUGACGGCCUCUCAGAACUGUGCCAUGCCAUGCACAGAGGGAUGCGAAUGUAAUGAAGGCUUUGUCCUCAGCACCAGCCAGUGUGUCCCGCUGCACAAGUGCGGCUGUGAAUUCGAUGGACACUACUACGCCAUGGGGGAAUUUUUCUGGGCCACAGCCAACUGCACAGUGCAGUGCCUAUGCGAGGAGGGCGGCGAUGUGUACUGCUUCAACAAGACCUGCCCGGGCGGAGAGGUGUGCGCUGUGGAGGACGGCUACCGGGGCUGCUUCCCCAAGCGCGAGACCGUGUGCCUGCUCAGCCAGAAUCAGGUGCUACACACCUUUGACGGAGCCGCCUACACCUUCCCCUCCGAGUUCUCCUAUACGCUGCUCAAAACCUGCCCUGAGAGGCCAGAGUACUUGGAAAUAGACAUCAACAAGAAGAAACCAGAUGCAGGGCCUGCCUGGCUGCGAGGUCUUCGGAUCCUGGUAGCCAACCAGGAGGUUAAGAUAGGAGGAGUCGGGGCUUCAGAAGUCAAGUUGAAUGGUCAGGAAGUGGAAUUACCUUUUUUCCAUCCUUCCGGGAAGCUGGAAAUUUAUCGAAACAAAAACAGUACUACAGUAGAAUCCAGAGGCGUUGUGAGCGUCCAAUAUUCAGACACAGGUCUGCUGUACAUCCGGCUCUCCACCACUUACUUUAAUUGCACUGGGGGCUUGUGUGGCUUCUUCAAUGCUAAUGCUAGCGAUGAGUUCUGUCUCCCCAAUGGCAAGUGCACAGAUAACCUGGCAGUAUUCCUGGAAAGCUGGACAACUUUUGAGGAGAUCUGCAAUGGGGAGUGUGGAGACCUGCUGAAGGCCUGCAACAAUGACUCAGAGCUGCUCAAAUUUUAUCGGAGCCGCUCCAGGUGUGGCAUCAUCAAUGACCCCUACAACAGUUCCUUUUUAGAGUGCCAUGGGGUGGUCAAUGUCACCGCCUACUACCGCACCUGCCUUUUUCGCUUGUGCCAGAGCGGAGGCAAUGAGUCAGAACUCUGUGACUCUGUGGCCCGGUAUGCAAGUGCUUGCAAGAAUGCUGAUGUGGAGGUGGGCCCCUGGCGAACCUAUGACUUCUGCCCUCUGGACUGCCCGGAGAACAGCCAUUUUGAGGAAUGUAUGACAUGUACGGAAACCUGUGAGACUCUGGCCCUGGGCCCCAUCUGUGUGGACAGCUGCUCUGAGGGGUGUCAGUGUGAUGAGGGCUACGCCCUGCAAGGCAACCAGUGUGUCACCCGGAGUGAGUGUGGCUGCAACUUCGAGGGGCAUCAACUUGCCACCAAUGAGACCUUCUGGGUGGACUUGGACUGCCAGAUCUUCUGCUAUUGCAAUGGCACAGACAACAGCGUCCAUUGUGAGACCAUCUCCUGCAAGGAAGAUGAGUAUUGCAUGGAGGAGGGCGGCCUGUACUACUGUCAGGCUCGCACCGAUGCCUCCUGCAUUGUCUCGGGCUAUGGCCACUACUUGACCUUUGAUGACUACCCUUUUGACUUCCAGACCAGCUGCUCGCUCAUUCUGUGUACUACAGGAAACAGGCCAAGCUCAGACGCUUUCCCCAAGUUCAUUGUCACAGCUAAGAAUGAGGACCGGGACACGUCACUGGCUUUGUGGGUCAAGCAGGUGGACGUGACUGUGUUUGGCUACAGCAUAGUGAUUCACAGGGCCUAUAAACACACAGUUCUGGUCAACAAUGAACGGCUAUAUCUGCCCCUGAAGUUGGGACAAGGGAAGAUAAAUAUCUUUUCCUUUGGCUUCCAUGUGGUGGUGGAAGUUGACUUUGGCCUGAAGGUUGUGUAUGACUGGAAGACCUUCCUGUCAAUCACGGUCCCACGGAACAUGCAGAACAGCACCUAUGGCCUGUGUGGCCGCUAUAACGGCAACCCUGACGAUGACCUGGAGAUGCCCAUGGGUCUGCUUGCAUCCAGUAUUAAUGAGUUUGGGCAGAGCUGGGUGAAGAGGGAUACUUUCUGUCAGGUUGGCUGCGGGGACCGCUGCCCUUCUUGUGCCAAGGUGGAAGGUUUCUCAAAGGUGCAGCAGUUGUGCAGCCUGAUCCCCAACCAGAACGCUGGCUUCACCAAGUGUCACAGCAAAGUCAAUCCUACCUUUUUCUAUAAGAACUGCUUGUUUGACUCUUGCAUUGAUGGGGGUGCAGUACAGACUGCCUGCAGCUGGCUGCAGAACUAUGCCAGUACCUGCCAGACUCAGGGGAUAGCAGUGACUGGCUGGAGGAAUUACACAUCUUGCUCUGUCACCUGCCCUCCCAACAGCCAUUAUGAGAGUUGUGUGAGUGUCUGCCAGCCCCGCUGUGCUGCCAUUCGCCUGAAGAGUGACUGCAACCACUACUGUGUGGAGGGCUGUCAGUGCGACACAGGCUACGUUCUCAAUGGAAAGAGUUGCAUCCUGCCCCACAGUUGUGGCUGCUACUCAGAUGGCAAAUAUUACGAGCCUAAGCAGUUGUUCUGGAACAGCGACUGCACACGGCGAUGUCGCUGUUUCCGGCGCAACCUUAUCCAGUGUGACCCGCGCCAGUGCAAGUCGGAUGAGGAGUGCGCCCUGCGCAAUGGGGUGCGCGGCUGCUUCAGCACUAAGACAUCCUACUGCCUGGCGGCUGGUGGCGGUGUGUUUCGUACCUUUGAUGGCGCCUUCCUCCGCUUCCCUGCCAACUGCGCCUUUGUGCUCUCUACCAUCUGCCAGAAACUGCCUGACAUCUCCUUCCAGCUCAUCAUUAACUUCGACAAGUGGUCAUCCCCCAAUCUCACCAUCAUUUCUCCUGUCUAUUUCUAUAUUAAUGAAGAGCAGAUUCUCAUCAACGACCGGAACACUGUCAAGGUGAAUGGCACACAAGUGAAUGUUCCAUUUAUAACUGGGUUGGCAACCAAAAUCUACAGCAGUGAGGGGUUCUUGGUCAUUGACACCAGCCCCGACAUCCAGAUAUACUACAAUGGUUUCAACGUCAUAAAAAUCAGCAUCAGUGACAGGCUUCAGAACAAAGUUUGUGGCCUCUGUGGCAACUUCAAUGGGGACUUAACUGAUGAUUAUGUGACCUUGAGAGGAAAGCCAGUGGUGAGUAGUGUGGUGCUGGCCCAGAGCUGGAAAACCAACGGCAUGCAGAAAAGCCUGACCAAACCUCUUGUUCCCAGCUGCAAUGAGCUGCAGUUCUCACAGUAUGCAGCCACGUGUGAUAACGUGCACAUCCAGAAGAUGCAGGGUGAUGGCUACUGCCUGAAGCUCACGGACAUGAAGGGCUUCUUCCAGCCCUGUUAUGGGCUACUUGACCCCCUUCCCUUCUACGAGUCCUGCUACCUAGAUGGCUGCUACAACCACAAGAAGUUCCAGCUGUGCGGCUCCCUAUCUGCCUAUGGAGAGUCCUGUCGCUCAUUUGGAAUCCUCAGCACUGAAUGGAUUGAGAAGGAGAAUUGCUCAGGAGUGGUCGAAGAUCCCUGUGUGGGGGCAGACUGUCCCAACCGAACCUGUGAGAUGGACAAUGGAGGAGAGUUGUGUGGCUGCAUCGAGCCUCCCCCCUAUGGAAACAACUCACAUGACAUUAUUGAUGCAGAGGUGACCUGCAAGGCAUCCCAGAUGGAAGUGUCCAUAUCUAAGUGCAAACUCUUCCAGCUUGGUUUUGAGAGAGAGGGUGUAAGAAUCAAUGACAGACAGUGCACUGGCAUUGAAGGGGAAGAUUUUAUCUCCUUUCAGAUCAACAACACCAAAGGGAAUUGUGGAAACAUUGUUCAGUCCAAUGGCACACAUAUCAUGUAUAAAAACACAAUUUGGAUCGAAAGUGCCAACAACACUGGCAACAUCAUCACUAGGGACCGGACAAUCAAUGUGGAAUUUUCGUGUGCUUAUGAGCUGGAUAUCAAGAUCUCCUUAGACUCUGUCGUGAAGCCUAUGCUAAGUGUCAUUAACCUGACGGUUCCAACCCAAGAAGGCAGCUUUACCACAAAGAUGGCACUCUACAAAAAUGCCUCCUACAAACAUCCUUACCGCCAGGGUGAAGUGGUAUUGACUACUCGAGAUGUACUGUAUGUAGGGGUUUUUGUGGUCGGAGCCGAUGCCACACAUUUGAUCCUGACACUGAACAAAUGCUAUGCAACCCCCUCACGUGACAGUAAUGAUAAACUCCGAUACUUCAUCAUUGAAGAAGGGUGUCAGAACAUUAAAGAUAAUACCAUUGGCAUUGAAGAGAACGGUGUCUCCCUAACCUGUCGCUUUCAUGUCACAGUCUUCAAGUUCAUUGGGGAUUAUGAUGAAGUUCAUAUUCACUGUGCAGUGUCACUCUGCGAUUCAGAGAAGUAUUCUUGUAAAAUAACCUGCCCGCAAAAUUCCAGGAUUGCUGCAGAUUAUGCCAAAGAACCUAAAGAACAGAUCAUUUCAGUUGGACCUAUUAGAAGAAAAAGACUGGACUGGUGUGAGGACAAUGGAGGGUGCGAGCAGAUUUGCACAAGCCGGGUAGAGGGGCCUCUGUGUAGCUGUGUGACAGGAACCCUGCAGGAGGACGGCAAGAGCUGCAGAGCCUCUAAUACCUCCAUCGAACUUCAAGUUUGGAUGCUUCUUCUCAUCAUGACCCAGAUUUCAUUAUGGCAUUUUGUCUAUAAAUUAGGCAUGACCUCAUAA